UCAUAUCCGGAAACUGCAUUUCUCCGCCACCCACCCAGCAUCCACCAUGUCGCUAGUGAAAGGUGUCUACCACUUGCUCUUCAAAAAAACAUCUACCUUUACCGUUACCAUUAUGGUCGCAGCGGUACUAUUUGAGCGAGUGUUCGACCAAGGAGGAGACGCUAUAUUCGAGCAACUGAAUCGGGGGAAACUCUGGAGCCACAUCAAGCACAACUACGAGAAGGAAGACGAAUAGAAUGCAGCCAAUUGAUGCGGCGGGAAGGAGGCUAACGCUACCGUUUCAACAUCCCAUUCCUCCCGAGUCCAUCUUCCAGAAUCGUCACUUCGACAUUGUUUUGAAUGUCAGGCUGAAGUGUUGUCUUGUCUAUCAGAAAUCCUGUUGGGGUUAAAAGACUGAUCAGAUCAUCAUGGAAGAGUUUCCUGUUAACUUGUCCUCUCCCCUGCCAUUGCUCUCCUGACUCCUCGUCCUCUUAACCUGUAAAUGUACUUUUAAAUUACCUCUGUCAAUAAAUUCCAGAUAAACCUUU